UUCGAAUAAAAAGUGUCCUUAGAAGGAAACUUUAUGAAAUACGCAAGUUUUGACGUGUCAAAAGAAGGCAGAAUGACAAAUUUGCACUACAUUUCUUAACACGUGAACACACUUUCUCCGAGCGAGUCGUCAAACAUUUCCUCCAGAAACCAGCGGAGGGAGAGCGGCGUGCGCGCACUGCCGUGGCCGCCUGACAGGCUCGCGCAGGCGGCUCGCGGAGGAAGAAGACAUGGAGAUGUUACGCCGUUCGUCCGUGUUCGCCGCCGAGGUGUUUGACCGCUCGCCCACCGACAAGGAGCUGGUGUCCCAGGCCAAGGCGCUGUGCCGGGACUACAUCCAAUCCAGGCUGAGCCGCGCCGGCGUCGGCUGGUCCAAGCCCGAGCAGCUCGCCUCUUCGUGGGGGACGCACGGCGACGUAUCGGCGGUGCUCUUGUGGUUGGGCGACGAACUGGAGUAUUUGCGUCCCAGCGUUUAUCGCAACGUGGCUCGGCAGCUCAACAUCACGGUGGCCUCGGAGAGCGCGGUGACGGACGCCUUCUUGGCCGUGGCGGCCGACAUCUUCUCCACGGGUGUGACAUGGGGUAAGGUGGUAUCUUUGUACGCGGUGGCCAGUUCUCUUGCUGUGGACUGCGUUCGCCACGGCCACCCUGCCAUGGUCCAUACCAUCGUGGACUGCAUGGGGGAGUUUGUCCGCAAAAGCCUGUCCACGUGGUUGAAACGCAGAGGAGGAUGGGCGGACCUGACUAAAUGUGUGGUGAGCACAGAGGUUGGUUUGCAUUCCCACUGGUUGGUGGUGUCGCUGCGCACCUUUGGACACUACGUCAAGGCCGUGCUGCUCUACCUCCUCAGAGACAAGUGACGGACCCCUGGUUCAUGAGGACACCCCCGAUCCCCCAAACACGCACACACUCACAAUCAGGGGCGUGCAAAGGCCUAUUGAGGGGUAAGGUGCUCAAAGUUAAAAGGGUGACACAUAGCACAAGAGUUUGAAGCGCCUUACAGAAACAUACUUUACAAUACAACUUGCACUUGCACGAUGUACUUUGCAUAUAGCUGAUGAGAACAGAAUAAGAAAAGACACUUGCCUUACAGGUGAGCUAUUCAGUUUUUCCAAGUGCUUACAAGAUUUGAGUCUAGCCUCAUUUCAGUCCCCGCCCCCGCCGCCUCACGUGCCUGCACAAAGAAACGCCCCCAGCUCACGCGACGGACAGUGGCUCGUCGCGCUCGGCCGGCCGCCUCAGAGUGCUCCUCAGUAGGCCGGGCGUGUUACGUGAAAUGUUGCCGGUUUGAUGUUGGAUUUUUUUGGUUAAAAAUUUAAGAGAGGUGAUCAACUUACCAGACGACUUGGUGAGAGUGGUGACGUGAUGUACGGGGUGGUUUUCGAAGCUCAUGCAGUCAUGCAGCCGUCUGCAUAUAGAACACCACCUAGAGGCGGGGUACACCCUGAACUGGUUGCCAGCCAAUCGCAGGGCACAUACAAACAAACAACCAUUUGCACUCACAUUCGCACCUUACAGUACAUUUUAUUGCUGAAAGGCUACAGGCAGGCUUACAAUAUCACACGCACAGGAAAAAUCUAAUUGACAAAAAGGCUAAAAGAGGCAGAGGCUCAGGCACCCAUCCCCUCUUCACGGCCCUGCUCCCCAUUCAUCGAAUUAAAAAGGUCCAUGCAUGCACAAUGUACAUGUCAUAUGAGUAAUACAUGUGCCACUUAUUAAUGACGACCACCUUGUGCUAUAGAAAUAAUACAAAACCACUGGGAAUAAUCCAACAUGGCUGAGUGUGGGUAUCCUACUGCCUUCAGUUGUGUUAACUCUCAUUUGUCACACCCUUCCUGCACCUUGUUUAUUUACUGUAUAUUAAUUACUAUGGCACAUAUUUAGUUACAAAGUGCACAUUCUUCUUAGUAUUUUUUUUCAACGCAGCUUUCCACAAAACUGCCUAUUUUGCUCGUAUUUAAACCGUUUGAUAAGAUCAAAAAUAAAGGAUGUGGUCUUCCUUUCCUGUGCUGGAAUUGUAGAUUUUAUCUAUAGAUGAGCACUUUUCACUUUAUUGUGGCUAUGUUUUAU